AUGAAAUGUCCAGUCGGUUCAAAACGUAAAAUGGCGGACGAUCAUCAAAAAGUAACCCAAUUUAGACCGUGUAUCGAUCUACACGAUGGAAAAGUUAAACAGAUUGUCGGUGGCACUUUGACAGACAACGAGGGGCAUCUCCAAACGAAUUUUAUUGCCAGUCAUAGGCCAGGUUACUUUGCCUCACUGUACCAAAAAGACAACCUUACUGGAGGUCAUGUGAUCAAACUGGGUCCUGGUAAUGAUGCUGCUGCAGAGGAAGCCUUGGCAGCUUGGCCUGAUGGUCUUCAGAUUGGAGGGGGAAUAACCAUUGAUAAUGCAAUAUCAUGGCUUGAUAAAGGAGCUUCUAAGGUCAUUGUGACAUCAUGGCUCUUUCCUUCUGGUGAAUUUUCUAUGGAAAGACUCCAUCAGUUAAGCAGUUUAAUUGGCAAAGAACAACUGGUCAUUGAUCUAAGUUGUCGUCGUCAAAAGAAUUCUUGGUUUGUUGCCAUGAACAAGUGGCAAACAGUUACCAGUUUAGAAAUAUCCAAAGAAAUAUUACACCAGAUGUCUCAAUUUGCAUCAGAGUUUCUUGUACAUGCUGCUGAUGUUGAGGGCCUUUGUAAAGGAAUUGAUGAAGAUCUUGUAAAAGCUCUUGGUCAGUGGUCUCCAAUACCUUGCACUUAUGCUGGAGGUGGGAAAGACAUCAGUGAUUUGGAAUUGGUGAACAGGCUAUCAGGUGGAAAGGUGGACUUAACUUUUGGAAGUGCUCUGGAUUUGUUUGGUGGAAAUGGAGUCAGAUAUGCAGACUGUGUAGAGUGGAAUAGGAUGUAUUCAAGAUAAUAUGCACAUAAUAUUAGUGAUAUACACAGUCACAUGAAGAAAAGGCUCAUAAAUAACAUUUUCUGCUGUACUGUUAGCUAUUCAAUAGCACCAAGAGAUAUCAGCCAUUGUAUUUUGAUCAGUCAGAGGCUGUAGAAAGAUGGGCAAGAGUGAUCUCUGUAAGAAGGGUUCCACCUAUUUCAUAACAAGUGAUUAACCGAUUAUCAGGGUUUACCAUUAAGAUGAUGAACAAGUGUUAUGCCUUGAUGGCAGUCAUUGCAGCAACAACCAAAUACAUAUUGCCCCAAAAUAAGUUAUCUAUUUAGUGUUUGAAUAAAGAGGGUGAGUUUCUAAAGAAGCUGUGGGUAUUUCAAACUAAUUAGGUUUUAUCAACUGAGUUGAUAAUGUAAACUGGCCACCAUGUUAGCCCUUCAUCAGAGCAAAAUUAUUUAUUUAUGGUGUUUGGCAAUCAUAAAAGCAACACCAAUACUUGCCUUUGAAUUCUAAAAUGAGAAAUAAAAUUUGAACUGAUUUUCAGUUUUUGAUUA